UACCAUAUAAAGUAGUGUUCAGAGUGCUGACACCUUGUUAGAACACGCGAUACUGCUAUCAAUAUCUCCACACCAUGAGGCUUCCGCUUAUUUACCGGGAAGUAUCUGACUACACAGUGGGUGGCGUGUGCGGGGGAGCAGUACUUCUUGGAGUUCUUCUUUCCCUCCUCUUCUGGUGGUGUUGUUGUAAACGGAAAAGUAAAAAUAAGCAGAAGCUGAAACGUAGACCCGCUAUAAAAAUGAAACAGCCGUCAAUUCCGAGCCCAAUCGAUAAGGGAGUGAUUGAACAAAGUAAAAACAACUGUUUGUUUGUUAUAAAGGAGAAAGCUAAUUGUCCCUUGUCUCCUGUGCCACCUCCGCUGAGUCCAGCGAGGAUGAGGAAAGUUCGUGACCCCAACACUGCAAUAAUUCCAAUACAACCCUCCACUCACCCCAGUACCACAUCAAGUGUGUCUGACAUGCACGAAACUGAAAGCAGAAUAAAUCGUUUAGAGAAGAGGUUUGAGGAAGGGAAGAUAGCAAGCAUUAAAAUAAAUGUGUUUCACGACGAGAACGAGCUGGUGAUUACUGUAGCUGAGGUGAGGUCAAUCCACUCUAGUAUGAACUACCAAACUGCCAGUGUAGAGUUAAGACGGGAAAACGGGAAAUCUGCGGGAAAACUUCUACCUGUCAAACUGGUGCAGAAGUCUGGGAAAUUGAAAGGAGCAGACAAGAAGUACAGGUUCCCCAUGUCAGUGGAGGACAUUAGCAAGUACAAAUUUAACUUCUACCUCUGGUCCACAGACAGCUAUUCCAGAACCUACCAAGCUGGAAACUGCCUAUUCAAGUUCGAACCAGCAGAUUUUGCUGAAGGUGAAGGUAAAACCACAUCUGGGGACUUUGUUAAGAGCCAAAAAGAAGACACAACAGACUGUCCGGAAGUUUCAGUGACACUCCGUUACAUCAACCGGAACAGUAAGCUAGUAGUUGGGAUCCAGUCAGUUGCUAAUGUUCAGAAGACAGGGUGGAGGAGAUUUGCUACUGCGCUCUCAGAUAGUGCUCUUCUUCAACCACGGCCAGUUGUGAAGAUCACCCUAUCUGAUGAAGAUGGGAACGUCAGGGACACUCAGCGAACUGACCCGAUCAAGGGUUAUAAUAUCAGUUACAGCGACGAGAAAAGGUUUAUGUUUGACGUGCCCCUUCUGGAGCUUAAAUCACAUGUUAAACUUACUCUCGAACUAUCACACUCGAAUAUGAGGGUGGCUCACAACAAGAUAGGAGAGUUAGAGUUUAGUUGGGAGAGUACAGGGAGUGAGGGGGAGCACUGGCGGGAAAUGAUCCAGAUGAUAAGCUCAGAUCAAGAAGUCCCUAAAACUCACUUCAUAAGAAAUCGAAGCAGAAAAUAAACUCCUUGAAUUUUGAUUUUAUGCGGUACCAUCAAGUAUAAGCUAUCUUUGUAGACAUUUUAUUAGUUUUCAACAGUUUCUAAUUUUAUCUUUUUGUGUUUCAUAAUUUUGAAAUUUAUUGAGCUAUCGUUUGGAGUAAGUCGUACUUUUAUAAAAUAUCGAUUGUGUCCAAGAUUUUAAAAUUUUCCAAUUGCAAGUUUACUAUGA